AUGGGAAAAGCAGCCAUCCUAGUCACCGUCUUGUGUAUGUGUUCACUCAGCCUGAGUGAUCCAGACAGCGGCACCGAAGAUGGAGAUCCUGUCGAUGCAACACCAACUGAAGUGAGGACUUGUACUCGCUUGCAGAUUUUGAACUAGGACAUAACAUCAGUUAAGGAGGUAUAGUAGUACAUUGUUAGUGCAGUAAGAAUGGAAUGAAUUCUACAGAUGCACAUAAACUCAAAUAGAGUACUGUAACAUCUUCAUUAUGUUGUCAUUAUUCCAUGGAAACCCCUAGACUAGUUUUAUGUCUUUUUAACUAUAUUAUAACUAUGUUAUUUAGUGUAACAGUCUCACUAUAAUGGCAAUCAGUGGAGGAGCUGGAGUAUUGGUUGCAAAUGUUUUACCCUCACUGUUUCCUUCAGAACCCAGAGACUCAGGGGAAACAGGCGAGAGAAGACGUACCGGAGGAGCAAGAUCCCAGUCCUGUCUCAGACUUUGACAACACAUACCACUAUAUUUGUAUGUCUGCACAAACUCAAGAAAAUUAUACACUACACACUACAAAUUAUUGCUGAAUUGUCAGACAUAAACAACUUCUGAGGUUUUCUCUUAAACAGUGUCCAGACUGGCAUCAAUGGAUCAGGCCAUCCACAGACUGAAUGUGGGCCACUACACCCUGGACGUGAAGGUGACCCAACUGCUAGACAGAGUGUCCCGGCUGGACGGCACCCUCUGGGAGGUAGAGGAGACCAUGCAACAGAUUUCCCUCUUCACCAAAGAGAACCGCAAGGAGAUUGGCCGCUUGGAGGGUAUGUCUGCACUCUGCAUACCUCCCUUGACCUUUUUCCUCUCAAUAGUUCAAAUGUUUUAAAAUGGAAUUAUGAAAAACCAUUAUAAAAUCAUGAAAAACAAAAAGGUGAAAUGUUUCCUCCUCUUCCUAGGAUGUCAGAAGGGUCGACGGGUGGGGUAUAAGUGCUAUCUGGUCUACCGCACAUAUGAGACGUAUGCAGGGGCAGCCCAGAAGUGCCUGGAGCGUGGCGGAAGGAUGGCCAUGCCUCGGGACAGGAAGGAGCAGGAAGCCCUGGCAGAAUACGUCAAGGCUUUCUUCCAGCCAGGGAACUGGCCUGUGUGGCUGGGCAUCAAUGACCUGCGCUCUGAGGGACUCUACCUGUUUGAGGACAACACAUACGUUACCUACUUUCAGUGGCGCAAACACUUCCUCUCCAGCCAGCCGGACGGAGGCAAGCGGGAGAACUGUGUGGCCAUGGCUUCAGAUGAUGGGGACUGGUGGGACAACUAUUGUGACAGGAAUAUGUCUUACCUCUGUGAGUUUGAUGCCUGA